GCGAGGUCUCGGGGCCCAGGUGUCCCGGUCAGGGGGUGUCCCGCGUUCAGCACGCUGCUGUCGCUAAGUCGCGCCUCCACGUGCAGGCUGGCUGUGGUAUGGGUGCCGGGUGAGCAGACACGCCCGUCCUUUGCUGCGAGAGGGCAGGGUGAAAGGCUCCGCAAGCACGGGAUGCGCCUUCCGAGUUAAUGCAGGCGGCGUUUUUCUCCGACGUCCUGCACAGCAUAUCAGGGGUGAUGCGCUCUCUACCCUCCCCACCCACUGCUUGACCAGAGCCAGUGUCGCUGGUGUUGUGUCACAGCAGCGGCCCGCUCCCUGGUGCUGUAUUACAGGGCGUAGGUUACGCUUCUGUGACACACGGAGACUUCAAGUUUGAUUCUCCCCUGCAUACCAGUAUGGAGAAACGGGCAUGCAGGAGAUUAGAAGCCGCAGCUCAGGAGCGGGGCUGCCCCCAGGUGAAGGCACACGUCCCAGCAUCGUGGGGCAGCGAGGAGCCUGAGUCACUGGACACCCAGCCCAGAGGCCACCUCCCCGCGCUGAGGGCAGACGGCAGCCAGGGACGACCAGGUUCCUCGGGACGGUGGAAGGAGCUGGGCCCAGCCUUGCCCAAGGUGCAUUGCGGGGGAGUCUGCACAUCGCCCACCCCUUCUGUGUGCGCCGUGAACCCUGGCUCCAGUCGGCACAGACGGCGUCCGCGGUUCCGGAACACUCCGGCCCGCCGUUCUCCUGCCUGGGUGCCUUCGCCCGUCCUGUGAGGUUCUGCGGUGCCUUCCCUGGCCCCCCCCCCCCCCAGGUAGGUCAGUGGCCGCCGCAGCGCCCUGUCCUGAC